AUGAAGGUAGAGGAGCCCCUGUUAGACCGUGCGGGAGUAUACAGGGAACUACAACGGUUGCUGGGGCAAGACAGUGGUGGUAGCAUCUUGGAGCUUCUGCCAUCCGAGAGUCGCGAUGUUUGGGCAGCCCUUGGUGCUGCAGCAACAGCUGCUGCUGUAAAGCAAGCUCGCGCAGGCGAGGCGGCCGAAGCGCAGGAGGAGAUGUCGCUGCAGCGGCUGCAGCAGCUGCUGGAGGAAGCAGCAUCAGGUGUACCCGUGUUUCUGGGCGCCACUGGAGAGAGAGAUCCCCCGACGUCUACUCGCUUCCUCCUCAACAAAAUCAUCCCUCAAAUACUUGCCUCCAGACCUCUCCUGCAGCAGAAAGACUUUAUCGGCAGGUUUUCACACUUCAGCUCGUACCCACCAGCUGUACUUACACCGCAACUGCAGCUUCUAUCUCCGCACCAGCCCCGGCUUACACUUUUCGCGGGCCCGCAGAACCGCUGCCCCUUUCUAGGCGUGCCCUGUGCCCACAGCAACUCAUUAGCCCAUUCUGUGCCCUCAACAACCGUGCUAGCAGCACCUGUGGCGCCACGUGCGGCUUCGGCAGGAGCAGAAGCAACAGGAUGUCCCGCACUGGACUGUAUGUUUUUGACGCAGAAGAGACGGAGGUUGCCUCAGUUUGUUUGUUACUCUCCUUCCAUCUGCUUCCCUAGUCUCCUUACCCUGUUGCUACUUGUUGUUUUGCCAUUCUGCGGCUCUUCUCUAAGCGACACAGUGCGCGCGCACUUUUUGCUGCAGCAACAGCGGCUGCAGCAGCUGCAGCGGAAGAUGCUGACGGGGAUCAAGGGGCAGCAGAAAGCAGACACUGACGGAAGCGACCCACAGCAGCAAGCCGCCUCAAGUGCUACAGGAGAAAUACUGGUCGUAGGGCGGCUGGCGGGAGAAGGCGCUCGGAAGCUGCACUGGAGUAACGCAAUCCUCGAGUCUCUAGACGGGGAAACCCCUUUGCAGCUGCUCUGUCUCGAGGCGGCCGUGCACCAGCAGCAGCAGCAAUUGCAGCAGUGGGGCAUAUCCCGCCUCCGCAAACACACACACGCUCCAGACGCACUCCUGUAUCCAGGAAUGGUUGUUGCUGUCAAAGGACGCCUGCAGCAGGACAGCUACGGGCAGCAGCUGCUUGUCUCCUCUUUUCAGUGCGGCGCCCCCGUGAGAUUUCCUUGUCUUUCUCGGUCCCUCCGGAAUUCGAUCCAGGCAGUCCCUUUAGACCCAACAAACGCCAGUAGAACGCUCCCGAUCAUACUGCAAAACGCUUCACCCGAGCAGCAAGAGCAGCCGCAGCAACAGCAGCCGCAGCAACAGCAGCCGCAGCAACAGCAGCAGCUGUUGGACGUUUUGAGCUGCUACAGAAAUCAAAAUGUCCAUAUUGUCAUCUCUAGGGGGUCCUUUGUCGUCCCCUGCACUAAUGGGGGUUGGCGGCUGAGACGCGAGGCCUUGAGAUGUCUCCUCGAGGCUGUAAAGGAGAAAGUGCCGCAUGUGGCGAUUAUAUGCGGGCCCAUCAUAUCUUCUCUGAACUUGCAGCAGCCGCUUGUUCCCAAUGUCUCAUCUUCUGUCCCUUCUGUCACCGGCCCCGACUUUCCCAAGUGUGCCUCACUACUGCAAAUGCCGGAUCCUAGCCUGGCAUUUGAGGAGUUCUUCCAGUGUCUGUACGCCGCAGCUCGAGGCCUCAAGACGCAGUUCGUGAUUAUCCCUAGCACGCGCGAUGCCAUGCACCCCGAGCCCCUUCCCCAACCCCCCUAUAGGCCUUUGACCUCGCUGCCGCAGCAGCAGAUGCAGCAGCAGCCGCUGCAGAAGCCGGCCAACGUGCACUUGGCUGGAAAUCCCUGCACCUUGCAGGUUAACGAAUUCCGGAUUCUCAUCACCACCGCCGAUCCCUUAGCAGAAGUGGCAGGAGAAGUGCUGUCGCUCUCUCGGCAUCAGCAGCCGCAACCAGUAGCAGCAGCUGCUGGUGGUGUAGCUCCUGCAGGAGCACCAGAUAAGGACGAAUCAUUCGUGCAUCAGCUGUGCCGCAGCCUAGUCCGCCAGGGGACUCUAUUCCCUCGAGGCAGCAGCCCCCGAGUGCCCAUAGAUGCUUCGCGGAUGCAGGCUGUGAUGUUCAAGGAAGAAACAAUGCCUGAUGUACUUGUUUUUGCCUCUUCUGUUCUGCCGCAGCUGCAGCCAAACAAGCAGAUGGGGCCCCCAGGGGCUCACAGGGGGGCUGGAGCGUGCCUCGUUGAUGGGCGGGCAUUUGUAUCUCCCUUCUCGAACAUGGCGUCCCCAGAGGCGUCCCCUACGGACGGAGUGUGCAUGACUAACUUGUAUAUCAGACCUCCAACAGAAGCAGCAGGCCAGCAGGGCAGCAGCCUCGCAGAUCUGUGCCUCAGUCAGCGCCUCACUGUGACGCACACUGCCUAUACACCGCGCAAUGCGCUGAAGAAUGGCGCUUCUGGGGGCCUUCUAUACCACAGUUAG